AUUGGUUGGUUGACCUCUCUAGCGUUCUGCACGCUGAGAUGUGAAUUAGUCUUUUACAGACCCCGAUUUAAUGAAGUUCUCUUGAGAAUUUUCAUAAAAUCUUCGCCAGUUUCAACCAGGAGUCUUUCUGAUUGCUUUGAAGCUUUUUCCGUCGAGAUGCCUCGAGGAAAGUCCCAUCGUCGAUCGGAAGCUGCAAAAAGGAGAGUAGAGGCAGUCCGGCUCGAACGAGUUGGGAUACCCAAGGCCUCCAGCGACUUUGAACCACAGCGUGGCACAGGCGUGCGGCACGCUGUGCGAAAAUGGCCAGUUAGUGAAGUGACUAAUCACUGUCACAAGCUGGUCGUUCCAGAGGGAUUGCCCAAUAAGAAAUUUGUUCUUCUGAUUGGUGCGUCCCACUUGCGCUCUUUUGUGGACGGCAUUGUUGAGAUGGCAAGCGGCUGCUUGCAGUUUGGAUUUAUUUCAACUCCUGGUGCUCACGCAGCCGACCUGCGUCUCGAGGUGUUGAAUGCCGUCGUACCUCGAGAGCCUGACGCUGUCUGCAUCAUGGCUCCAUCAAACAACCUUACGGCCAGUCGUCACCCAGAAGAAGCCGGACAGGAAUUUGAGCGGUACCUAUUGGCUGUCUGUUCUCGUUGGCCUAAGGUUUUUUGUACCGGCUUCGUCCCCCGCCUGACUGAGUCCAGAGAGAAGCAGGAGUGGUUCCAGCAGGAAUUCCACCGCAGGUCGGCAAAGCUAGGGAUUCGGUACUAUCCAAUCGCUGACAACUUUCCUCUGGGCCGUCGCCAUCUGUGGUGUCCUGAUGGCAUCCACUUGAGCGAUGACCACGGGAUGCAUAUCCUCAAAGAACUGAUUUGGAUGUUUUCCUAUCAGUUCCUGGAGUUGUCAGCACCAAAGCCACUGGUGCAAAGUCCGGCAACUCCUCCUUACAAACCGAGGUUUGCACCCCGUGUGGUGGUUAAGGGACAGGAAUGUUCUCGUCCUUCUUCUCCUCUCCCUACCGAAUGGACGCUCGUGAGAUCCGGCAGGAAGAGGAACCUCUCGGGAGAAUCCGACUGUUUGUCUGAUUCACCCAAGAAAAGAGUGGUUCAUCACCAGCGGGACGACACUCCUGUGGCUUUAUCGGAGUGUGCCAUCCCGUCCAAUCCUGUCCGUUUCUCACCCGCUAUCUUGGUGGCCAUGGAAACAGUCUCUCCAUCGGCCGUUCCAGAUGUUCGCACAGGCACCGAGACAAAGCCUGUGGAACAUCAAAAAAAACCAGCUGUCUCAAAGUCUAGGCGCACGAGACAGAAAGUUUCUCCUGUAUCUUGUGUAACUCCUGCUACUAACACUGUUGUGCUUAAGCUGCCCAGGUUGCUGGUGUCUGAUGCUCGUCCUGCUUGUCCUCCUGUGGCGUCUGACUCUCCUGCUUCGGGACCUGCCUGUCGCUUGGAGGUUCCUUCUGGCCAGGGGACGACUGAGGACGUGGCCGACUUCCAGCGCACGCAAACAUCACCCAAAGGUCAGGCUGUUAACCCCGUUCCUUGCAGGUGUUCAACGGGGCUGCCACCGUCUCUUGUUGCAGGGACAUUUUUUGGUACUAAUCACUCUAGCUCUGAUACCAUAAUGUCAUGUAGUGUUGUAGCAGCAAUAAAACACCACAUUUCUCCCGUCUGUACCUGGAAGACGUCAGAUGUAGAUGAAGUCGGUGUAGAAGGUCGGAAGUUGGCGGAAUAUGUUGCUCGAGAGAGACCAAACAGAGGUCCAAAGCCGGAGUUGUGCAAGCUGGUUGAAGAUCUGACUAUUUUUGGUCGAAAGUGGAAAGUAGUAACUGGAAACAUUGUGUUUGGGACACUUGGUUUUGAGCAGGAAGAGGAACUGUAUGAAAUAUUAAAUAAGUACUUGUUGAGAGAUGGAAUGUGUAUCUUUAGUCUUCAUGGUGCAACUAGCUUGAUAAUCCAGCAUGGAGACUACUUUGUCGUCGUGGACUUUGGAACACGGAAUUCACAGGGGUUGGCAUCUCAGUUCGGUACGUCGGUAGUCGUGUUUAACACGUGUUUAAAUGAUUUAAUGAUUCACCUUCUUAACCUCAGGGAAUCAUUAAAUGCGACCGAGUACGGAAUCUUUGCUAUUUCUGUACAAGAGAUGUACAGUAAUGUGGAGACAUGUGCAGCAGUUACUGCUGACAGACAGGCUAGAGAUGCAUGCCAUAGUGCAAGUAGCCAUGUCGCAUCACUCAGUGGAUCGUUUCAUCAGGGUGAUGUUAAGUUUAAAUAUGCCGGGGUUCAGUGUACAGCCAUAAGUGCUGUUGCUUUAACAAAGCACACACUGGACAGCGUUUUUUCGUGGAAUGCUGACAUAUUGGAUGAUGUAGUUGUUUUGGGUGAUCAGCUAUAUACAUUUUUGCGUGACAACAAUUUAAUCAGUGGUGGAAGUCAGCUUCUCUCUGUUCCAGACUUGCCUAAAAAGAUGCAUGUUGAUGGGCAAAGUUUUGAGUAUGCUUAUGGGGACUAUGUUGCUGGAGCUAUUGAUACACUGGAUCCAGAUCUUCUUGAAUCAGGUGUGCACACUAGUCUUUGGGAUGGACUCAGUAAGAUGUGUGCAAAAUAUGAAACCAGCUUUAUUACAAUAAGUGGCAGUACUUGUGCCCUUAUUAGUUCUAAUGGACGUUAUGCUGUUGUGGACUCUCAUGCACGUAACACCGACGGCAUGGUACAUGCAACUGGAAAGAGUGUUGUCCUUUACUUCAACACUCUUGAUGAUGUUUUUGUGUACAUUGAAAGGUUUUCUGGUCAACUGAAUGUCACUCCCAAAUUAUUUGAGAUCAGUGGAGUUGAUAUUGUUCAGACAGGCUCAAGUAAAAUUGCAUCUGAACAUGUAGCUACUGUUCCAGGGAGCAGCAGUGGUGUUUUUGAUCACACCUUUACAGGUGUUGACAUGCAGGACGAUUCUUGUGGAGAACAUUCAUCCCAACUUGACAUGUCAGACAUGGAUGAUGAUGUAGUUGUUACUGGUGUCCAAAGUAAGGUAUUGUAUUUUAACCCUGUCUCUGAAGAGAUUGCGCGGUCACUGUGUGGAAAGUUGAAUGUGGAGUAUCAACGGGGAAAUUCUGUAUCUUCUGUGGUCGGGGAACUGGGUGUGCCAUGUCGGACGGAAAAAAUUGUUGGAGAUGGAAACUGCUUUUUCAGAGCACUUAGUCAAGCCAUCAGUGGCACCCAGAAAAAUCAUCGCAAAAUUAGGCUUGCUGUUGUUAAACAGUUACAAAGGAAUUCUCACACAUAUGAUAGCAUUUUAAGAAGUGAGUAUUCCUCCAUAUCACAAUAUAUUGCUGUUUCAAGGAUGCAAUAUGUUGGCAGUUGGGCAACUGAAGUAGAAAUUAAGGCUUCAGCUGAUUAUUUUGGUGUUAACAUUUUCACAUUUUGUGACGAUAAAUGGCUUGAAUACAGUUCUUUGAGUAGUUUGUCCAAUCAUGCUCUUUAUUUGCAAAAUAUUAGCGGUAAUCAUUAUGAGACGGUUACUUGUGUGAAGCAGCCUCGGUCACAAACAUGUUAUGGUUAUUGCAUGAAUAGUGAUCUUUCUGGGGAAUAUAAAACUCGGCAAGUUACAGCAGAACAAAAUAUUGCGUGUAUAAAGAAAGUAAAAACAGAGACUUCCGUCAAAGACGAGUGCGUGGGUAUUUUACAAGAUAACCAAAAUACUUCGCUAUUUACUCCCAUCUCUGAAGUUACUGCUAAAACUCUGUGUAAGAAUUUAAAAAUAGAUUUUGAAGAACAUAAUUUUCAAAAAGUAAUAUUGCGUGGGCCUUUGGGACAUGUGUGUAAGACUAAAAAUAUUAUAAAUGACGGUAACAGUUUUUUCAGAGCUGUAGCCUAUGCACUUACUGGUUCUGAGAAAAAUCACCGUAAAAUUAGACUCGCUGUUAUUUCACACAUGACCAAAAAUACGAAAGAAUGCGGAACAUUUUUGGAAAAAGAUUUUACUUCUGUGACAGAAUAUGUUAACCAGUCACAGAUGAAGUACGUCGGUCACUGUGCUACGAAAAUUGAGUUUAAAUCUGCCGCCAAUAUGUUAGGACUGGAUAUAUAUGUAUUUAACGGCACACAGUGGACCAAAUAUAAUUCAAAUAGUCUUUUUACCAAUGAAGCAAUAUAUUUACAGAACUGUGAUAAGCAUUUUGACGUCGUUAUUUGUGCAAAGCAAGGUGAUAAAGACUCUUGCUUUGAACUUUGUGGAGAAAAUGUUUCGUUAAAGAAACAACACAUGCGUACAAGAUCUCCACAAGUCCAGAAAAAUGCAAAGCAAACUGUUUUAAGCGAUAAAGCAAAUUACAGUUAUUCUAUGUAUUUAAGACAAAGAAAGAAUCAGAGAAAUACCACUAAAUAUAGAACUAAAAUGGUAUAUAGGCAGAAAAUUAAAUUUAAUAAAACAAUCACAUAUAAGAAAAAUUUGCUAUACAAGGAACAAAAAAGAAAAUGGAUUAGAAAUAAAUAUCGUCAAGAUGAGGCUUACCAGAAAAAGCUUAGGCAAGUCAGCAUUAUCAAAUACAAGGAAGACAAAUGUCAUCGUGAAAAAGUCAAGCAAAUUAGCUUUAUUAAAUAUAAUCAAGAAAAAGCUCAUCGUGAAAAACGUAAGCAGAUUAGCAUUGCUAAAUAUAAUAAAAACCAAAGUCACCGUGAAAAAGUUAAGCAAAACAGCAUUGCUAAAUAUAAUUUAGACAAAAGUCACCGCGAAAAAGUUAAGCAAAACAGCAUUGCUAAAUAUAAAUUAGACAAAAGUCACCGCGAAAAAGUUAAGCAAAACAGCAUUGCUAAAUAUAAUUUAGACAAAAGUCACCGCGAAAAAGUUAAGCAAAACAGCAUUGCUAAAUAUAAUUUAGACAAAAGUCACCGUGAAAAAGUUAAACACUUAAGUAGAAAGCAAUACCUUAAUCCACAACAUAAGGUCCACAUAAUAUCAAAUGUAGAGCUAAAAAGACGGGAGAUUAAAAUAAAGUCAAAGGAGUUUGAUUUUGUUGUCGCGCAAUUUUUCGACAAAGUAAAAGAGGGGCCCAAUUUUGUGUGUUGCGUGUGCUUUCGGUUGUUAUUCAAACAUCAGGUGUUAAAUUGUCGCAAAGAUUCCUACAGGAAAACAAAAGAAAUGUCUUUAAUCGCAGAUAAAUGUAUAAGUGACGAUUAUGUGCAUAUAUGUAAUAAUGCGUGCAUUUCACCAUGCAAUCUAAAAACCUGUCGAAAUAAGUUGUAUAUCUGUUACUGUUGUCAUUACAAAAUUAGCAAAGGUCAAAUGCCCCCAGAAAGUUCAUGCAAUAAUUUGACUGUUGAUGACAUCCCACCUCAGUUGGCAUGCUUAAAUACUUUGGAGCAACAUUUAAUAGCUUUACAUAUACCGUUUAUGAAAAUGUUGGCUUUGCCCAAAGGUGGACAAAAUGGAGUUCAUGGUCCUGUUACUUGCGUCCCUGCAAAUGUUGCUGAAACCUGCAGUAUGCUACCACGUAGUACUAUGGAAGGGUCUUUGUUACCUGUUAAGUUAAAGCGUAAAUUGACAUACAAAGGUCAUUAUGAUUAUCAGUAUGUUGACUCAAUGCAUGUUCAGGAAGCUCUUUGGUACUUGAAACAUUGUAACUUUCAUUAUAAAAAUGUAGAGUUCAAUGAAUCUUGGAUCAAUGAGUUUUGUCAGGAAGAUAGUAAUUCUGUUUUAUACAAUAUUAGUGUUAAUGAAGAAAAUGAGGACAUGUCCAUAGAUGAAAAUGAUGAUGACCUUUUACAUGACAGACAGCAACACUGCAUGUUCCAGGACACUUGUCUUAUGCCGGUAGAUAUAGGACAAGAAGCGUUGGAUCUUUAUGUUGACAAUGUGUUGAAUUUAGCACCGGGGGAAAAUAAUAACCCUAUAAAACUGCUUUCUGAUUGUACUAACGAAGCAAAAUGUUUCCCUGUUUUGUUCCCAUCGGGUUUUAACACAUACCAUGAAAAGCGGCAGUAUCGUUUGACUUUGAGUCGUUAUUUUAAUAACAGACUUCUUCAUGCUGAUGGUAGAUUUGCACGUAAUGUGGAAUAUAUUUUCUUUGCACAGUACAUGUCAGAACUGGAGCAGGUUGUCUCUAAAGUUUCAAUAGCUUUACGUAAAGGUACAAGUCGUACAACUCAAAAUAUGAGUGAGGUUUUAAGGGAUGAACAGUCCAUAAAUAAGUUGUUGGAGUUUGAUGAUGGUUAUCGUUUCUUGAAACCUAUUCGAGGCACACCAGCUUUCUGGCAGACGGCUCAACGUGACUUGCUAGCUUGUGUUAGAAUGUUAGGGAAACCCACAUGGUUUGCUUCGUUUUCGUCUGCAGAUAUGAGAUGGACUAAUCUGCUUUAUAGCAUCUUAAAGCAGGAAGGGCGAACGCAGACUUUGGAGCAGUUGCAAUGGGCAGAGAAGUGUGAAUUGUUACGUCGAAACCCUGUUACUGCUGCUAGAAUGUUUGAUUUUAGAUGGCAUGUUUUUGUAAGAGAAGUCCUCAUGUCUCCUGCUAAUCCGAUUGGAUCAAUCGAAGACUACUAUUAUCGUGUAGAAUUCCAGCAGCGUGGCUCUCCUCAUUGCCAUUGCCUUUUUUGGAUUUCUGGUGCUCCAAUUUUGGACAAGAACACAGAUGAAGAGGUCAUUGCAUUUAUUGAUAAGUAUGUGACAUGUGAAAUUCCAUCCGAAGAAGAUGCGUUGUUUGAAGUAGUUACAUCUGUACAACAGCAUUCAAAACGACAUUCAAAAACUUGUAAAAAGAAAAAAACUGUGUGUCGUUUUAAUUUCCCUAGGCCUGUGUCAUGUCGCACGUUUAUAUGUCGUGGUGAAAAAUAUCAAGAUCCGGUCAAGACUUGUACAUGCAAUUUGGAUAAAACUGAUGGUAGUGCAGAUUGUGAAUGUCUUGUUAAGAAUAAGACGCGUCCGGAACAAAUGGACAGCGAUGUAGCAAGCAAUAUUUUAACAAAGAUAAAGAAUGCCAUUUCAGGUGACAACUGUCCAUAUAAUACUGUGGAAGAAAUGUUUGAAGGCUUGUGCAUGAAUCAAGAUAUAUUUGAAACGGCAUAUAAACGAUUUAGUAGGAAUACACAUGUGGUAUUGAAAAGGCAAAUUAAUGAAAUCUGGAUUAAUCAAUAUAGUAGACCACUGUUAAAAGCUUGGGAUGCAAAUAUUGAUAUCCAGUAUUGUGUUGAUGCAUAUGCAUGUUGUGUUUAUAUUGUAUCUUAUAUGUCAAAAAGUGAACGUGAAAUUGGUCUUCUUCUAGGAAAUGCACAAAGAGAAGCAGCGAAAGAAGGUAAUGUUAGUGCUAAAGAGGCUUUAAAGAGACUUGGUAGUGUCUAUUUGCAUAAUCGUGAUGUUUCUGCUCAGGAAGCAGUGUAUAGACUUACCAACAUGCAUUUAAAGGAGUGUUCUCGGAAAGUUGUUUUUAUUCCAACUGGGGAUAAUAUUGUAAAAAUGAGUUUACCCAUUUCUGUAUUGAAACAAAAAGCUACAUUGCAGGAUCUUACCCCAGAAGACAUGUGGAUGACUGGUAUAGUUGACCGCUAUAAGAAUAGGCCGAAUGAUGAUGUGUUUCCUGAUAUGUGCCUGGCCAAGUUUGCUUCAGAGUAUCGCGUUUUGUCCAAAAAUGAGAAAUGUAGAAAUCCAGUAAAAUUGAAUAAGAAUUUUGGAUUUGUUGUGAAAAGAACUCGGACAAAACCAGCAGUUGUUCGUUAUGCGCGUUUCUCUGAAACAAAAGAGCCAGAAAGGUUUUAUCAAAGCAUAAUGCAGCUAUUUCUGCCUUAUCGCUUUGAUAGUGAACUGAAACCUGCACAUUGUGAAACCUUUGGUGACUUUUAUCAAACUGGUGUGAUUAGUUUUGUUGAUGGAACAAGGCAUUCAGUAAAGUCUGUUGUAGAUUUAAAUAGGAGUGAAUUUGAGGUGGAAUCUGAUCAUUUUGAGGCUGUGGACAAUGUUACCGGUGAUGUAAUGCUGGAAGAUGCAUGGGCUGAAUUGUGUCCUGAGGUUGAAUUGGAACGCUUGGAGUGUGUGGAAUUACAAAGAGAGAGACAAAUAGAAAACAGUGACCCGGAACAAAUUCCUGAUUUAAGUUUGCAGCGUAAAGAAUUUUCAGUAUUUGAGAAAAGAAAAGUUACUAGAACUGAAGGCCUUGCAUUAAUUAGAUCUUUGAAUGAAAAACAGUUCUCUGUUUUUUAUCAAAUCAGGCAGUGGUGUCUAGCCAAAGUUAAUGGAAAAAAUCCUGAGCCACUGCAUAUUUUUAUUACAGGUGGUGCUGGUACAGGAAAAAGUCAUUUAAUCAAGGCAAUUGAAUAUGAAUCCAAACGGUUAUUGUCCACUGUGUGUCAGUCUCCUGACAACACAUGCGUGUUACUGACAGCUCCCACCGGCAUUGCCGCAUAUAAUUUAGAAGCAACAACAAUCCACACCACAUUUUCUAUUGGAAAGGAUGUACGCCUACCGUAUACUCCUUUGAGUGAAGAGAAAUUAAAUUCGUUGCGUGUCAAAUAUUGUGAUCUCCAGCUUCUUAUUAUAGAUGAAAUAUCGAUGGUUGAUCACAAUCUCUUAUCAUAUGUUCAUGGUCGAUUGCGUCAGAUAAAACAAACCGUAACAUCAUAUGGUAAUAUUAGUAUAAUUGUAGUUGGUGAUAUGUACCAGCUUCCACCUGUGAAAGGUAAACCACUUUAUUCUGAUGGUGUUGCCACAAAUAUAUGGUCAGAUUUAUUUAAAAUUGUAGAGUUAACUGAAAUAGUUAGACAAAAAGAUGCUGUGUUUUCUCAAGUGCUAAACAGGAUGAGAACUCGCUCCAAAGGCACACCAAUAUUGGCUGAUGAUUUACAGAUUUUAAAACGUUGUGAAACAGGUGAGGUUAGCUCAGCCUUGCACAUAUUCGCAACCAAUAAACAAGUAAAUGAGCACAAUAUUCACCGAUUAUAUGAGACUUGUCCUGAAUUUGUUAGCAUUGGGGCACAGGACUAUGUCAAUGAUAAAAAAACAGGAAAAUUGAGGUUGUUGGAAGGAAAUCAUGCAAAAGCUUCAAAUACUUGCUUAUCAGAAGUGUUGUUAUUGGGUAAAGGAGCGCGUGUUAUGUUGUGUAAAAAUGUGGACGUUAGCGACGGUUUGGUUAACGGUGUUUGUGGUACUGUUACAGAAAUAUUAAUACCAGAAAAGGACAAGUUUCCUAACGUGGUGUAUGUAAAAUUUGAUGAUGAUCGUGUAGGCAUGCAGAAGAGGAAGAGCUGCCACUAUGCAUCAUCAGAUUUGGCUGGAUCCACAGCCAUUGGACCUGAGGAGGAGAGAGCCACCGUUAAAGGUGGCAUGCGGCGACAAUUUCCACUCAGGUUGGCAUGGGCAUGUACAGUACACAAAGUUCAAGGACUAACUGUUGACGAAGCUGUUGUAUCUUUUAGUAAAAUAUUUGCACCGGGUCAAGCUUAUGUGGCUAUAAGUCGUGUAAGAAGUGUUUUAGGAUUGACGAUUCAAGAUUUUAAUGACAAAAAGAUAUAUUGUAAGGAUGAGAUUUUGGUUGCACUUCAGAGUAUGACACCUCUUUUAAGUGGAUCAAUUCAAUUGGAUCGAUUUAACACAUCUGUUUUUACUGUAUUCCUAAUGAAUGUGCAAAGUUUGAAUCGGCAUGUAAAAGAUUUAUCCUGUUAUACAGAACAUUGGAAACCAAAAUGCAUUGCCAUAACAGAAACAUGGGUGUCUUCAACCCACACGGAUACAGUAAAGAUAGAUGGUUACAGCUUCACUAAUCGUCCACGAUGUUUGUCAUAUACUAGUAGGCAUCCGGAACUGAUUGCGUUGCAAGACCAACAACAUGGUGGUGUUGGCAUCUAUUGUGCAGACGAUGUAGAAUUUGAAAUCCUACAGCAACCAGAGUUGAAUUUGGAGUGUUUAGUGUAUCGGUUUUGUAGUUUUAACAUGGUGCUUGGCGUAAUUUACCGACCGCCACUAUACCCUCUGUCACUAUUUAAAAAUAAUUUAGGUCAGUUACUUGAUUGGCUUGAGAAACAAAGUGACACCAUUGCACUGAUUGGAGAUUUCAAUUACGAUAUUUUGAAGUCAUCAACUAUCACAAAAUUUGUUUGUGAUAAAGGAUACCUCCAAAUGGUUGUAGAAGCAACCACUGAAAAAGAUACUUUGAUAGAUCAUGUUUAUGUUAAAUCAAAGACAUAUAAAGUGGAGGCAGUAGUUGUGCCUACAUAUUUUAGUGAUCAUGAGGGUAUAAUGUGUGGUUUUAGCUUGUAAUCAUGAGGGUGUAAUGUGUGGUUUUAAGCUGUUGCAAUCAUGUGACAUUAUGAACAUUAAAAAAAGGUUUUGCUUUCUUCAUCAAAAUUAAUUGAAAUCUUUAAGACAUGAACAUUUUUUUUAAUAAAAUAUGAAUAAAAUCACUUUAUAGUGUAAACAUUAGUAUUCCAAUUUAAUCAAAAGUAUCUUAGCAGCUGUUAUUGCAGCUUUAUGUGAAAAGUUAACAAAACCUUUUUAAUUGUUUAAAGUUCAUUGAUAUUUAGUUAUGUAUUUAGGGGUUUCGUUUCUUGCAUUAAGACAGCUUUUAUGAAAGUUUGAUAGUUAAAUUGGUGGAUACACACCGACAAGUAAUAAUGUAAAAGUAACACUUUAGUAAUUGGAAUAUUAUUUAUUUGUAUUCAUAUUAUCUAGUUUCCCUUUGGGAUCAAUAAAGUAUUUUUGAAUUUGAAUAAUGAUUAAAAUGUAUGUUGUUAAAUCUUUGAAGCUGUUCUUAAUGCAGGUUUUGCUUUACCUAGUCGCAUAGCACAAAAAAAAGCAAAGGCAGUCGUUUUGGAACUCCACAAUGUGGACGAGGUUCAAGUCCUUGGACUGCCCUAUUGAUUGUGCUGGCAAUUGAAGGUAAAGGUUUAAAAGCAUUAAACCUCCUUUAGUGGGAACAUUUUAAAGUUACUAUGAUUAUGAACUGAAUCUAUGCAUAGCAGUAUUAUGAUUCUUGUGUGAUGCAUGAGCUCAGAAAAAGGCUUUUUACAGCUCUGAGCAUUAAGUGCUGGGCUACGGGUUUUGCUUUUCUCUGUCUUUGUGUUCCUCUCCUUUGCAGGUGUUGCUGAUCCGUUGAUUUGGAGCGCAGAGUAUUUGAACCUGGCUCUCUCCACCUUCUGGGUCGCCUUCGGCAUCCACUCUGCCUUCUUGAUGCUUGUGGGGUUUUGUUGCCAGGCCUCAGCUCCUGAACUUUUGCACAUUUGAGUUUGUCUUUGUUUUUGCACUUCAACUGUUCCAUGUGCACUCAUACAACACAUCCAAGCAUUAGCAUUACAUCACUGAUACUAACAUCCACAAUCCAUUGUUGUUUUUGUUAAUAAAUAUUCCUUUUUAUGCACUUUUA